AUGGAAAAUGUGUAUCCGAUUUAUGAGAAAGUAGAAUUCGAAGAAAUUUAUGGUAAAAAAAGACCUAAUGCUUCACCAGUCUUAAAUACUCCUACUUUUAUGUUUGAUAAUUUAGAAAAAACAUCUUAUAAAUACACUAGUGGUGUAAAAUAUAAAUGGUUUAAAAAAAAAGAAAUUAGUCAAUAUGAAAAAAAUUAUUUUUUAGAAACAAAUAAUUAUUUAGAGAUUAGAAAUUAUAUUAUUGAAAAAUAUGAAGCCUGUAUGGUAUUUGUAACUUUAAAUGAAAUAUGUAAGGAAUUGAAAAAUUUUAAUUUUAUGCAAAUUUAUAGGAUUUAUACUUUUUUAGAUAAAUUAAAAAUAAUAAAUAACCGAGAUGUAAUACAAGAAUGUACUGAAACAAUAAAAAACAUUGAUUUUUUAGUAGAAAAUAAACAGACUACUGAUUGUGUACCUGUAUUUACAGGAAGUGGUAAAUGUAAAUGCGAACAAGAAGGAGAUUUUUUUUCAAAAAAUAAUAUAUUUAUCUGUAAGAAGUGUCUUACAUGUGGUGACUAUCCAGAAAAUAUGAAUACAAGUGAUUUUUACAGAAUUGAAAAAGAGGUAAUUAAUAAAAUUUGGUCGAAAAAAGAAGAAAUAAGACUAUUAGAAGCUAUUGAGAAAUUUGGUGAUGAUUGGACAAGUGUAUCAAAUUACGUUGAGACAAAAAGUAAGCAAGAAUGUAUUUAUCAUUUUAUUAUGAUUCCUUUACUAGAGGUAAAUUUAUCUAAUAUAGGAUUUGCUACCCACAUGCCUUUUCUGUUGUCCUCCAAUCCUGUCACACACCUUUUGGUUUUUUUAUCUUCUGUAAUACAUCCAUCUGUUGCCGCAAGUGUAGCAAAAAUGUGUAUAAAGGAAAUAUCAAAUUCGUCACAUAAUUUACUAAAAACAAUGUUAAUUGAAGCAAAACGUAAGGCUUUGGAAAUUAUUGAACUUGAAAAUAAAAAAAUCAAGCGCAUUAAUGACGUUAUUGAUGAAUGUUUGACUAAUUUAAUUUUGCUGAAAGUUAAAAAUUUAAAAAGACUAUUUUCCAGCUUUGAAGUAGUAAAAGAUGAGCUUAUUGAGGCUCGUAAAAAAUUAUAA